AUGACAGGCUUAUCGGCCUUAGCGUGUUCUACAGCCCUUCUCGAAGGCAGCCAGAAGCUUGGAUGGUUUGUCGAGAGCCAACCCGCCCCCCGGCUAUCCCUGAGAUUGCACCUUUCCCGCCUUUGCAGCUGCGCUUCCGUGCGCUUCAUCUGGGCGGGCGCUGUGAAUGGCUGGACCGGGGUGCCGACCGCGAGGAGGGGGCGCUUCUCCACACCUUCUAGUAACCCUGCUCGAAAAAACCCCCCCUUCCAUUUCCAGGUUACUCAUUCCACCAUCUUUCCUCCACUGCCCGCUAAAACACCUGGUCUCGCGCCAGUUGCCAGACGCCAGACGCCGGCGUUCCCCAACUCAAUCAAGUCACCUUCUGGAAUAAAACCACGUCCGUUGAACACCCCCAUCACCCUACGGCGGAUUCGUUCUGAGCUGGAUUGGAAACCGAAUUGGAUUUCACGACGCCUGUCGACAUCGAACCUCCGGUCACUAGAGCCUGGCGAUCACCCUCUUGGUAGCAGCAGCAUCCAGGACCCGACACUAUUCCACGACGUAUGCGUGACUGGUCCUCGUCAGUUCUUGGAUCGCAUCUCUGCGCCCUUUCGCCGUCCUAGUCGCGGCCAGGCCUGGUGA